AUGAAUAUUUCCCUAGUUUUAUUCCUUCUAGCCCUUUCCAAGGUUCACUGGAUCCUGGCAGGCAGUUCUAAAGUACUCAUCGAUCUAGACCCAUCAAACAGCUUAAAUGAAGCUGUUGAGGGGCAAAGGCAGUCCAUCAUGGGAGGAACUCACCCACAAACCUCAUCCCCAUUGUCGCUCUUUCCCACUUCACCAAGUUCUCAAUCGGAAGAAAGUGGUAAUGUUCCACCUUCAGAACGCCCGCAGACAGCUCCACCGGAGGUAUUGAGUCGUUCAAGUCGUGCCCCUUCUGAUGACUCUAUAUCAGGCCGCAAGAGGCUAUCAAUCGAGCAGUCGGUUUCUCAGGGAGAAGGAGACUCUGACGCCCCCCAGCAUGUUUCAAAAAAACUAGCUUCUGAUCUAGGUUUAUCCUUGGGUCCUUUCGGACAGAGAGAGUCACAACUUUCUCUGAGUUCAUCGGAGUAUACAUCAGAGAAACAGCAAGAUAAUGUUGCUGUCCCCAGUCCUUUUGCGCAGAGAGAACCCCGACUCUCUCUUAGUCCAUCGGAGCAUACAUCAGGGAAACAGCAAGAAGAUAAUGUUGAUGCCCAAGGCCUUCCCGGACAGAGAGAGAUCCAAGUUUCUCUGAUUCCAUCAGAGUAUACAUCGGAGAAGCAGCACGAUAAUGUUGAUGUCCCAAACAAGCUCCAAGAAGUGGAUAGCAUGAUGGAAAAUAAAGGCCAGCAAUCUCCGGGUGAGGAUAGAUAUGGAAUUCUGACUGAAUCUAGCCCUACAAACACAGAAAAAGCAGUCAGAGAAUAUGAGCUAGAAGGCGUUAAUGCAGCUUUCUGGGCUUGGGUUUGGGUAAUUUGGGAACAUGUUGGACAAUCUGCAACUUCAGAAGUAGAAACCUACCUCAAACCACACAUGGCGGAUUUGAAAUCUUGGUGUUUUCCUAAAGAUAAAUCAUAUCCAAAUCCCCAAACAGAAACAAUGGGAGAAACCUCUGGUAGCGACUGGCAAAACAAUCAGAUCAACAUAUUUGCUUCUUUUUUGUGGGCCGUGCAUAUUAGGGUGCUUGAGAUUCUUGGUGUUCAACAACCCAGUCUUGCUCAAGAACCCAAUCGCAUUACAAAUCCCAGUAAGUAUUAUUGGAAGGAACAAAGUGGCUUGAUCACGUGGUUUUUUUUGUUUAUGAAGCUGUUCAACAAUCCCGAAGCAAUUACGUCAUUGAAUGACCCAGAAAGUUACGAGUCUUUGAUUGUCAAAAAGGGCAGGGUGGUGUACGAAAAGGUCUUGAAAGCUAUUCAUUCCAAGCCAGGUUCAGAAAACUGCUACCAGACCUUUCGGCCGGCAUAUUCAAGAGAGUAUUUAUUUACUUCGGAGGGUGAAUUACUUAUUAGUGACGCGGUUGUGCACCUCAUUGGCUUUUACUACAAAAACACAAACUUCAAAAAAUGGAAUUACGCUUUUAAAGGACAGGACAUGGAUUUGGUUGUCAAAUUGGAAGACCUGGGAACAGCUUGGACAGACAGGCCAGAGUGGUUUUUCCCACCUGAAUUGAAUCUGAUACCCUGGAAGAAUGACUGCACUCAGGAAUUCCCAUUGUUUGGCCCAAAUGAUCUGAUGAGCCCUCGCUAUAACUUCAUGGAAUUCAUCCAGCCAAUUCCUCCUACCAAGCCAAAGUGUUAA